UCAAAGUUAUUAUAGCCCUUGACAAUCCUGAUAUGUCGGUGAAAUGUCAGGUGGAGAGGAUAAUGAAACUUUCCCUGCAUGAAGUAAUGAAUCAUUCUAUUAAAGCAUACACUCAUUCACCCAGGAAAGAAUGGGUUCUUCAAUGGCCUGGGCAAGUUGUCUUAGCAUCAAGUAUGGUGCAUUGGACCACAGAGGUCUCAAAGGCUUUAGAGAAAAACGAAGGUCUGCAAAGCAUUCUUAAAAAAUGUAGUGAUCAAAUUGAAGAUAUUGUUAAUCUUGUGAGAGGAAGAUUAACAAAAAUGGAACGCAUUACUCUUGGUGCUUUGAUAACCAUAGAUGUUCAUGCUCGAGAUAUUGUUUCCAGUUUGAAGAGCCAAAAGAUUUCUAACAUCACAGAUUUCAGCUGGAUUGCACAAAUGAGAUAUUAUUGGGAAGAUGGAAAUGUUGUGGUCAGAAUGGUCACCACCAAUGUCUCUUAUGGAUAUGAAUAUUUGGGAAACUCAGGCAGACUUGUUCUGACACCGCUCACUGAUCGAUGUUUCAGGACAUUAAUGGGAGCCUUGCAGCUAAACCUUGGAGGAGCACCAGAGGGACCAGCUGGAACAGGCAAAACUGAGACCUGUAAGGACUUGGCUAGGGCAGUGGCAAAACAGUGUGUUGUUUUUAACUGCUCUGAUGGACUAGACUAUAAAGCCAUGGGGAAAUUCUUCAAAGGUCUGGCACAGUCUGGAGCUUGGGCAUGCUUUGAUGAAUUUAAUCGUAUUGAGCUGGAGGUACUCUCUGUAGUUGCUCAACAAAUUAAAACAAUCCAACGGGCAAUAGCAGAACAGCUUCAAACUUUUGUGUUUGAAGGUACUAAAAUAAGUUUGGAUCCAUCAUGUACAGUAUUUAUAACUAUGAAUCCAGGAUAUGCAGGAAGAGCUGAGCUACCAGAUAACUUGAAAGUUCUCUUUCGCACUGUGGCUAUGAUGGUACCGGAUUAUGCAUUAAUUGCAGAAAUAUCUCUCUAUUCAAUGGGCUUUGUUGCUGCACGUAGUCUUGCUGCUAAAAUUGUAGCUACAUACAGGUUAUGUUCUGAACAGCUUUCUUCCCAGCAUCACUAUGAUUAUGGCAUGAGGGCAGUUAAAUCUGUAUUAACAGCAGCUGGGAACCUAAAGGUUAAAUUGCCAAAUGAGAAAGAAGAUGUGCUGAUGCUUCGAUCAAUACGUGACGUUAAUCUGCCCAAGUUUUUGUCCCAUGACAUCCCGCUGUUUGAUAGCAUCAUUUCUGACCUUUUCCCAGGGGUUGUUUUGCCAGCUUCUGACCAUGGCAUUCUAGAGGUGUCCAUCAGGGAAAUUACCAAGAAAAUGAAUCUGCAACCAGUCCCUUGCUUCAUCAAAAAGAUAAUACAAAUAUAUGAAAUUAUGCUAGUUCGACAUGGAUUCAUGCUGAUUGGAGGCCCACUUGGUGGAAAAACCUCAGCACUUAAAGUCCUUGCUGAAGUACUAAAAGAUCUGGAGAGAAAUGGACUAAUGGAUGAACAUGGAGUGGAUUAUAUUUUUAUUAAUCCAAAGGCUAUCACCAUAGGACAGUUAUAUGGCAGUUUUGAUCCAGUUUCACAUGAGUGGAAUGAUGGUGUUUUGGCUAGUGUGUUCCGGAGUCAUGCUACAUGCAAUACAAAAUGCAGAAAAUGGUGCAUAUUUGAUGGUCCAGUGGAUGCCAUGUGGGUUGAAAACAUGAACACUGUUUUAGAUGAUAACAAAAAGCUGUGUCUGAUGAGUGGAGAAAUAAUUCAGAUGAGUCCACAGCAGAACAUGAUUUUUGAGGUGCUAGAUCUUGAACAAGCAUCUCCAGCUACCGUAAGUAGGUGUGGCAUGAUUUAUAUGGAAGCAAAAGACUUAGGAUGGGAGCCACUAACUGAGUCAUGGAUAACUGCAAACCUUCCAGCGGUACUUUCUGUUGAAGAGAGUCAGAUUGUGCAGGUGAUGUGCAGAUGGCUUCUUCCUGAUUGCUUAGAUUUUGUGGAAAAAAAGUGUAAAUUUGUCAUUCAGACCUCUCCUAUGCAUCUUACAAUGUCAAUGCUCAAGAUCUAUGAAUCCUUGUUGAGUAAUGUCAGCUUUGCAAAAUUAAAGCUGGAAAAUGAAGAUGGAGUACUUGACAUUUCAGAGGACUCUGAUUCUCCAAUAUUCCACUCAAAUAGCAAGAAAACAAAUGAAGAGAUUAAAGAUAUGAUAGUGGCUUAUGGUUUCUUUUCUGUUAUUUGGUCUGUUGGUGGAAUUCUUCAUUUGGAUUCAAAAUCAAGAUUUAGUGAAUUUCUGAAAGAUUUAUGUGAGCAAGCUUUAUACAAUCCAAAGUUAUGUGGUCUGCAAAUUCCAAAGUCUGUUCAGUUGCCAAAGGCAGAAAAUGUCUAUGAUAUUGUCUAUAUCAGAAAUACAUUUUCAUCUUGGAGUACAUGGAAAGAUAUGGUUAUGCCUACUAAAAUUGAGGAGCUAGUCAAGGCUGAUGAGAAAGACGUUCAUGUUAUUCUUAAUGACAUUAUAGUGAGCACGCCUGGGACUGCUAUGCAGAUGUACUUCCUGGAGACAUUGCUGCUUCAAGACAAGCCAUUACUUUUUGUGGGCCCCACAGGCACGGGAAAGACAGCUAUUACAAACAGCUUCCUGCGACACUUACCUCAAGAAAAAUAUGUUGCAUGUCAAAUUAAGUUCUCAGUGCGAGCUUCAGCUAAUCAGACCCAGGACGUCUUCCUAACAAAACUGGAAAGGAGAAAGAAGAGGGUGUAUGGUCCUCCGCUGGGGAAACAAGCUUUUGUCUUUGUUGAUGACCUAAACAUGCCUGCCAAGGAGAAAUAUGGUGCCCAGCCUCCCAUUGAACUGCUUAGGCAAUGGAUUGACCACGGCUACUGGUUUGACAGAAAAGACACAAACAUGAUCAAAAUUGAGGACACGUCAAUCGUUCUGGCCAUGGCGCUUCCUGCUGGUGGAAGACAUGAAGUUACCCCUCGCCUUCUCCGUCUUUUCAAUGUAUUUUCCAUAGAUGCCUUUGAUGAUGAAACAAUGAAGAGUAUAUUUCAACCAGUUGUUGACUGGCAUUUCAACUGUGGAUUUGACACAUCUCUUAAAAGAUACUCCAGAAUUCUUGUGUGGGCCACAAUGGAUCUGUACAGACAAGUGACAUUGACAUUUCUUCCCAUGCCUUCAAAAUCUCACUAUGUAUUCAGUUUAAGAGACUUCUCACGCGUCAUACAGGGAAUCCUACUUUUAAAACCCAGUCAAGUACAACAGUGUGCCGAAGGAGCACAGAAAUUAAUGAGACUUUGGAUUCAUGAGGUCUACAGAGUCUUCUGUGACAGACUUGUCAGCAGUGAGGACCGUCAAAAGUUUUUUCACAUAGUAAAGAAUGUUGUACAGUCACAAUUUAAAGAGAAAAUAACACCACUUUUUGCUCACCUGGUGAUCGGGAGAGAAAUACAAGACGAAGACUUGCGCAGUCUGUUUUUUGGGGAUUAUAUCAUUUCCAAAAAUGCUGAGAAGUCUGGGAAGUUUUAUAAUGAAAUCAUGGAUAUUGAUGAGUUAAAAAAUUGUAUGCAACAUUUUUUGCAUCAAUAUAAUAAGCACAGUAAGACCUCCAUGAAUCUGGUCAUGUUUCACUUUGCCAUUGAACAUAUUUCUAGAAUAAGUCGAAUUCUGAAACUACCAUGUGGACAUGCUUUACUUAUUGGAAUUGGAGGGACUGGCCGACAAUCUGCCACAAGACUUGCAGCAUUCAUGGCAGAUAUUGAAGUUUUUCAAGUUAGUAUUCUGAAAUCAUACACAGUUAGUGAAUGGAGAGAUGACCUGAAAAAGGUGUUGAGAGCCACUGGACAGAAUGGGAUUCCGACUGUGUUUCUAUUUGCUGAUCAUCAAAUAAAGGAUGAGUCAUUUUUGGAAGACAUCAACAUGAUCCUGAGCACUGGUGAUGUUCCUUCCCUGUUUAAUAAUGAAGAAAAACUGGAAGUCAUGGAAAAGAUGCGUCAGUUUUUGCCAGCUCAUGAAACACAAAGUGAAAACAUUCCAUCAGAAUUUUACAAUAAAUUUAAAGAUGGCAUUAAAAGGAACUUACAUGUCGUGCUAGCAUUUAGUCCAACAGGAGAAGCUUUUCGUCACCAUCUACGUCAUUACACAUCUCUUGUAAACGGUUGCACAGUUGACUGGUUUCAGGCAUGGCCCGAAGACGCUCUUGAGAAGGUGGCAAAUCAUUUUCUUGAUGAUGUGGAAAUGUCACAGGAAAUAAGGAAUGAAGCUGUGUUCAUGUGUCAGCACUUCCAUCAAAGUGUUGUAGCUCUGUCUGAAAGGGUUUUCCAGACACUGCAGAGACAGAUAUAUGUCACCUCCACAUCAUACCUUGAAUUAAUCAAGACCUUUAAGAAUCUAUUAGAGCGGAAACGGCUUGAGUUGUUAACCAGCAAGAACAGAUAUCUGGUUGGGCUCGAAAAACUGGAUUUCGCCUCCUCACAAAUCGCGAUCAUGCAACAUGAGUUGACAGAGCUUAAGCCUAUGCUGAUUGAACGAAGUGGUGAGACGGAGGAGCUGGUAAACAUUAUUGCAGAUGAGACUUUGGAGGUGGAAGCGGUUAAAAGUUUAGUUGAAGCAGAUGAGGCAACAGCUAACAAGGCUGCUUUGGAAGCCAAAGCCAUUAAGGAAGAAUGUGAGCAGAAGUUAAGCAUUGCUAUUCCUGCAUUAAAUGCUGCAAUUGCAGCACUAGAUACAUUAAAAGCCAGCGACAUUACUCUACUGAAGACCAUGCAGAACCCCCCUUCUGGAGUGCGCCUUACUUUGGCUGCGAUUUGCAUUUUAAAGGGGAUUAAACCAGAAAAGAGGACAGAUCAAGCUGGAAAAGCUAUCGAUGACUUCUGGCCAUCUUCAAAGAAAAUGUUAGGAGACAUGAAGUUUUUGGAUUCAUUGAAGGAAUUUGAUAAAGACAAUAUUCCAUCAAAGGUUAUUGCCCUGAUAAGAAGAGAUUUUAUCAGCAAUCCUGAGUUUCAGCCAGCUGUCAUUAAGAAUGUCUCUUCAGCCUGUGAAGGGCUUUGUAGCUGGGUCAGGGCCAUUGAAGUCUAUGACAAGGUUGCCAAGAUUGUAGCUCCAAAACGACAAAGACUGGAGGCUGCAGAGGCCGAUUUAAAGAUUCACAUGGAAAAACUCAAAAUCAAGAGAGAAGAGCUAAAGGAAGUUACUGCCAAGCUAAAAGAUCUUCAAGAUCGGCUGUCCCAAAAACUGGCGGACAAAAGAAGCCUUGAAGAAAAUAUAAAUAUGACCAAGUUGAAGCUGGAUCGAGCGGAAAAGCUAAUUAAUGGGCUUGGUGGAGAAAAGCAGCGUUGGAGGGGUAUAGCCAUACAGCUCGAAGACACAUACCAGAACAUUGUGGGAGAUAUGUUGCUGAGUGCUGGCAUUGUGGCCUACUUAGGUCCAUUUACGGCAGAAUUCCGAAAAGAAAUUUUAAAAUGCUGGUUUAAUAUGUGUCAAGACAAAAAUAUUCCGGUCUCGGAUGGAUUCACAUUAUCGGGUACCUUGGGAGAUCCUGUAAAAAUGAUGGAAUGGCAAUUCCAUGGGCUUCCAAAAGAUAAUUUCUCCUUAGAAAAUGCCAUUAUUGUGACAUCAGCUCAACAGUGGCCUCUAAUAAUCGAUCCUCAAGGUCAAGCAAAUAAAUGGAUAAAAAACAUGGAAAAAGUGAAUAAAAUUCAGAUAUGCAAAACUACAGAUGCAGACUACCUACGAACAGUUGGAAAUAGCAUACAGUUUGGGACACCUGUCUUAAUAGAAAAUAUCACAGAAGAGCUUGAUCCAAUCUUGGAGCCUGUACUGCUGAGACAGACAUUUAAGCAGAAUGGAGUGGAAUACAUCCGGCUUGGGGAGUCUGUUAUUCAUUACAGCAGGGAUUUUAAACUCUAUAUGACCACCCGCCUCCGAAAUCCUCAUUACCUUCCCGAAGUGUCUGUCAAAGUGACUAUGAUCAAUUUCAUGAUUACUCCAGUCGGUUUAGAGGAUCAGCUCUUAACCAUACUUGCUGCAGAAGAAAAACCAGACUUAGAAGAGAGGAAGAAUCUUCUGUAUCUUGAAGGAGCAAGAACCAGAAAACAGUUGAAAGAGAUAGAAGAUCAGAUUCUGGAAGUAUUAUCUUUGUCACAAGGAAACAUCUUGGAGGACGAGAGAGCUAUUGACAUUCUUUCCUCAAGCAAGAAGUUAUCCCAAGAGAUCCAGGAGAAACAAGAAAUAACAGCUAAGACAGAGCAGCAAAUUGAUGAAACCAGAGAUGGCUACAGACCAGUUGCUAACCAUUCCAGUGCCAUAUUCUUUGUCAUCUCUGACCUGGCUUAUAUUGACGCUAUGUAUCAGUAUUCUUUGGCUUGGUUUAUAAACCUGUACAUCAAUGCUAUAAAGAAAAGUGUAACAUCUUCAAAUCUCCAGGAAAGGAUAACAAAACUCAAUGACUUCUUUACAAACAGCAUAUAUGAACAUGUCUGCCGAUCGCUGUUUGAAAAACACAAGCUCCUGUUUUCAGUCCUGCUUUGUGUAGGUUUACAGAGGAAUAAAGGUUUGAUCAGUAAUGAUGAAUGGCACUUUCUUCUCACCGGUGGGGUUACACUGGAGAUACCCUAUCCCAACCCUGCAUCUGAGUGGCUUAAGGAUAAAUCUUGGGGUGAACUUCUUCGUCUUUCUACAUUACCUUUCUUCAAAGGAUUAGAUGACCACUUCUGCUCAAAUCUGACUGAGUGGAAAAAUAUAUAUGAUUCUUCGCACCCUAAUGAGAUGGAAUUGCCAGACCCAUGGGAAGAUCUCUUGACUGCUUUUCAGAAACUACUGGUGAUACGUUGCCUACGACCCGAAAAGGUCAUUCCAGCAGUCCAGCAAUUUAUCAAUGAUAAAAUGGGCCCAGCUUAUAUUGACCCUCCAACAUUUGACCUUCAACAUAGUUACAUGGACUCCACCUCUAGCAUACCGCUGAUAUUUGUCUUGUCAUCUGGAGCUGAUCCUUUAGAACUGCUAAUUAAAUUUGCAGAAGAGCGAGAGAUGGGUGGGAUGAAUCUUCAAACAAUUUCACUGGGUCAAGGGCAAGGUCCUAUUGCUCGAAAAAUGAUUGAAAAGGCCGCUAAGGAAGGUACAUGGGUGGUGCUCCAGAACUGCCACUUGGCCAUUAGUUGGCUUGCAGAUCUUGAACAAAUCUGUGAAGAAUUCAUUACAGACCCAGAAAAGACAAAACCCAGCUUCCGCUUGUGGCUGACCAGUUAUCCUUCACAAAGUUUUCCUGUAUCUGUGCUGCAAAAUGGAAUAAAAAUGACCAAUGAACCCCCAAAGGGAUUAAGAGCAAACUUGUUAAAGUCAUACCUCAGCGAUCCUAUUUGUAAUCCAACUUUCUUUAACGGCUGUAACAAACCACAGGUGUUUAAGAAGCUUUUAAUUGGAUUAUGUUUUUUCCAUGCUCUUAUUCAAGAGAGGCGCACUUAUGGGUCUCUUGGUUGGAACACUCCCUAUGAAUUUAAUGACUCAGACUUAAAAAUAAGUGCCAAGCAACUCCAGAGGUUCCUCAAUGCCUACAAUGAAACCCCUUUUGAUGCCAUCAUUUAUCUGACUGGAGAAUGCAACUAUGGAGGAAGAGUAACAGAUGAGCACGACAGGCGUCUUCUUUUAAGCUUGCUAGGCUUAUUUGUUUGUGAAGCUGUAAUUACUGACGACCAUUAUACAUUUUCUCCCAGUGGGAAAUACUUUGCUCCAAAGAAUGGCACCCAUGACAGCUAUAUGGAAUACAUAAAAAGCCUACCACUCAAUGCUGAACCAGAGGUAUUUGGACUCCAUGUGAAUGGAAGUAUCACCAGGGAACAUAAGGAGACAGUAGAAUUAUUUGAUGGAAUUCUUACAACUUUACCCAAACAGACAAGUGGAGGUGGAAAAUCAGCAUCUGAAGUUGUCCAGGAACUUACAGUUGACAUUCUGUCAAAAAUACCAGAGGAGUUUAAUGUAGAAGAAGUCAAGAGACUGUAUCCGACUCAGUACACAGAAUCUAUGAACACUGUGCUGGUUCAUGAGUUAUUGAGAUUUAACCGCUUGACCUCUACCAUCCGGAUGAGCUUGCAGGAUUUAAACAAAGCCAUUUCUGGUCUAUCUGUGAUGUCCAAUGAACUUGAUGAUUUGUUCAAUAGCAUGAUUGUUGGUAAAGUUCCUUCUGUUUGGUCAUCCAGAUCAUACCCAUCUUUAAAGCCUUUAGGAGGUUAUAUAACAGAUCUUUUGCAAAGACUGAACUUUUUCAAGGGAUGGAUUGAAAAGGGAACACCGAAAGUGUUUUGGAUCUCAGGGUUUUUCUUCACUCAAUCUUUUCUGACAGGAGCACUGCAAAAUUAUGCCAGGAAAUAUAAGACCCCUAUAGAUUUACUUGGACUGCGGAUUCAGAUAACUGAACAUCAUCAUAUAGAUGAUAUUGAUGUCUCUCCGUCUGACGGCAUUUAUAUCUACGGUCUCUACAUAGAAGGAGCAAGAUGGGAUCGUGACAAACAUGUGAUUGGUGAAUCUUUCCCAAAAGUUUUGUAUGAAAGCAUGCCUAUUAUAUGGCUUAUUCCUGGAGAAAAAGUUGCGCAAGUUGAUUCCUUUUAUCAAUGCCCAGUUUACAAGACAAGCGCCCGUCAUGGAGAACUCUCUACAACGGGACAUUCAUCAAAUUAUGUCCUCACUAUCAAUCUGGCAACAGACAAACCCCCAAAUCACUGGGUUAACAGAGGAGUGGCUUGUCUCUGUCAGCUGGAUGACUAGUAGAAAACAGGAGAGUACUGCGGAGCUUUUCCUUGGAAUGCUAUAUGGGAAUUGCGAUUAUCAUCAUUGUGAUUUCUGUCACACAUAGGAAUCAAUAGAAGUAAAUGGUUAAAAACACAAUAUAAAGGCUACACAUGUAUUUAAGUUUGUUUGUUUGUUUUUUUCCAUUAAAGUAUGUACCGAAAACAAGCUUGGCUUAUAAAAGGCUCAAAAGAAGCCCCCUACACUUAAUGUAUUGUCUUUUAUAAUAACAAAUGUAAAACUGAAUGUGAAUGAUGAAACUUACAAUGGUAAAAUAAAUUAUAGUUUUUAAGUGUCUUUUGAGACAUAAAGCAGUGUUUUUGAGAAAUAGCCCAGAAAUUGUGCACAUGGCUUAAAGGGAUACUCCGGUGAAAACCUU